AGCUGCAGUGAGUGUACGAGCUCCUGAAGGCAUGCAUGGAUCCACGUAGAGCUAAAACACCUCAGACUGAAACAUCUGCCCUGAGGAGAGGAUGGAGUUUGUGUGUGUGAGGUGGAGGGCGAGGUUCUCCCUUCUGCUCCUCUACACCUUUACCUGGGGCUGGACGGGCCAUGCGCGUGCUCUUGACCCCACCCCUAAGAUUGAUGGGCGCCAACACUCCGAGGUCACCGUGCAGGAAAACGUCACUCAUCGCUUCAACUGCCAAUCAGAAGGCUGGAGUCCUCAAGCCCCGCCCCUGCUCACGUGGUACCUCAACGGCGAGAGACAGAGCGAGGUUUCGGGUAGCCGGGGGCCGGGGCGUCUGGUGAUGACGUCGCCAAAUGGCAAGGGAACGAUGAAGUAUAGUGCAGAGCGGAACAGCACGUUCACUCUCAGGCCCAGGAAGUGGGAUCGCGAGCUGGUGUGUGCCGCCUCGAACCCGGACGGUAGAGAGAGCUACAACGCCACCGUUGUCCUUAACGUUCAAUUUCAGCCGGAGAUCCUUCGAGUCAACGCCCACUACAGCGAGACCUCUGACCCCGGGAUCUCCCUGGUGCUCUUUGCGUUGGUUCGCUCCAACCCCCCCGCCACCAUCACAUGGGUGGAUCAGUCCGGCCAGCUGGUGACCAACACCACCGACUUCCUCAUCCUGGACUCGCGGAGCUACCCGUGGCUGGCCAAUCACAGCCUGCAGGUCAUGCUGAGCAGCCUAUCGGGAAACGUCUCUCUUAGCGCCAACAACAGUAUCGGCUCCGCCCACACCAACCUGACGCUCACAGAUUUUCUGCAGUCUCGAGUGGAAGUGCCCAUGAUAGGGAUUGUCACAGGCGGUGUUGCGGGUUUCGUCACGCUCCUCAUCCUCACUCUGAUGGUGCUCUGUCUUCUCCAUAAGGACAAAACCAAAAUCAUCGAGGAACCAAUCGCUAUUCCCAUGACCCAAGAAUGUAACCAAUCAGACAAAGUGCAGGCGAACGGAGUGUAUCUUCCACGUGAGAACAUGUCGCUGCCCUCCAACGUGCCGCUCAACGACCACAGCGCCCUCUGUAAAGGACGACUUCCGAACUCCAAGCAGAACACUUUAACACGGAAAACUAAAGAGGAGGAGGAGGAAGAGGACCUCUCGUUGGCCUACGCUGCCAGAGGUUUCGCCAGAUACCCCAUGGUCGGAUACAUCUACAAAGUAAACAGCACCAGCAGCGAAGAGAUUUGGCUUUGAUUGUACUGUCUCAAGACACACACACACCCACGUCACACUCACCCCUCCGUGAAGUUGUCCUUGCUGGAUUUUAAUACUUCACAAAACAAAACAAGAAAUUUUCUCUAAAAGCCAAUAUCAUGAUUUAAAUGAUUUAAAAAUCAAUAUAAUAUAAAUUAAUUUAUCCAGAAAUAUACAAUUUAAAAUCGAAAUACUGUAAUUAUAUACCUAAGUAUAUUAAAUUAUAGUAUAAUUGUUAUAAUAUAUACUGUUAUUGAAUUAUAAUUGUUAUAUGAGAUUAUUAAAAAAUUAUUAAAUAAC